GUUUCCAGAAUAUUCUUUUACUUAGUGAACACAUUUAGGGAAGUAGAAAAUUUAAAGACAGCUCUUUUUAAGAGAUGCAGCCUAUUACAAAAAAGUAUGAAAAGCUACAUAGAGGUAAGGAAUGUAAAGAAGUUUGGAGAUAUCAAAACAUUUGGAAUAGAAAGAGCUGGUGAAGGCUGGAGAGUUAACCUCUUUGCUGUUUGUUGCUGUAUGCAAUGCAAGUCUGAAAUACAAGAUCUUUUUUUACAACACAGGCUAAAAAUCUAGUUUUUAUGUGAUUAAAUUUUUGUAAUAUAAUUGACAAGCAGUUAGUUAGCAUGCACCUUCUCUGGGUCAGGUAUAUUUGGUUGUGAUCUGUGCAAAUUAUUCCUUAGAUCAGAAUUCAGAAAUAGAAGAAGUUUGGAAAUGGGGUGCAAGGAAAAUGUUUUGAGGGACCUCUGUGAUCCCUGCUAGGAAAUUUGGAGUAUACAUUAGAAUCAGCUGGAAGACAUCGUCAGACAUCAGUGUCUGAUUCAGGUCUGGAGUGAGGCCUGAGAAUACACGGAGUUUCACAUCCUGGGGUGUGGGCAACUCUGAGUUGAACAGUACAGUGGUCACAUUUAUAUUUUGAGAUGAAGCCCAAAAAUCCCAGAGGAGGACUGUGAAGUAGGUAGAAAAGGGGUAAUGUUCCUUAGAGUUCAUUUGCACCUGUUUGAUGCCAGGUCCUCUGCAAGCUGGCUCCUAACCACUCACUCACAUGCACUAUUGCUCCAUGUACAGUAGGUUUGGACUUGGAAAAAUUAAGACUAUGAGCGGUUGCCCAGGCACCAGAGAUGGUGGCAGAUUCCAGCUAGGGUGGUGGCGGUGGGGGUGAGGGAAAACAUUUAGUGGUGAUAGAAUUUACAAAAAUUCGAGAUCCCUUUCCCCACAGAUUUUAACCUAGAAGUCGACAUUGGAAAUAUGUUUUACUAGCAAUAGGUUGAAAGGUAGAGAACUUAAGAAAGUUCCUGUCCAAAUAUAUGAGGUGUUCUGUACUACUCUUGCACAAUAAUAGCUUAUUUAAUACCUAUUUAACACUCUCCUUAAAAGUCAUUUUACACUACAAAAAUGCCCUGGAACUAUUUGAAAAGGAGAGAGUGUUGCCUCCUAUAGAGGAUAAGCCACAUUCAACAACUUCUCUUCCAAUCAAGUGAUGAGCACUGAGAAUGGAAAUGGGUGGGAUAACUCUGCCUUGCCUGUAUGAACUGUGCUGCAUUGCAGACACUGACCUAAUUAUUGAUUUUGGAAAUUCUGUAUGCUUUUUCUUGCCGGUGUUGUUACUGAAAUUAAGAAUGUUCAUUGGAUCAAUUUCAAGAUAAAUAUUCUGUCAGAGUGGCUGCUGCUGAACAUUUUUUUUUUCUUUUUGUGUGACAGGGUCUUGCUGAGUAUCUCUGGCUGUGCUCAAACUUACUUAAGUAGGCCAAUCUGUCCUUGAACUCUUGAGCCUUCUACAUUUGCCUCCCCGUCUGCUGGGAUUUGGGGAAUGGACCACUAUACCCAGCAUUGAGCUAAUUUUUAAUGAAAAAAAAUCUAUAAAUUGAAAUAAGACUUUAAAAAAAUCAUUAAAUGCAAAUUUACCAUAAAAUUUAGAAAAAUAGAUACAGUAAAAGCAUCGAUCCAGUUGAGUAAUCAAUGUAAUGGUUUCAUGGACCCACACAAGAUUAUUAUGCAUGUUCGUUCAUUUCUGCUGUGAGCUGUAAACUGCUGUAGAUAAGAGGAUAGCUCAUGGCCAGCGGAAGACGGCAGUGCAAUGUGAUGUACACUGUCAGAGAAUUGUGCCCAGUCCAUGAUGACAGGAGGGCAGGGACUAAAGCGAGGAGGCAUGAGGCUGGGGAACUGCAGACAAGACACCCGAGUUCCUGAAGGCCAAGGAGGAAUUUGUGAGAUGGUGAAGAAGUUCAUCCCAGCCGGAGAGAAUGCCGUGGAUGACAACCACAGUGUAGAAAAAGCAAGUGGAUCAAAGGCCAGCUUCCAACGGAUUCUUUCUAAAGAAUCUUUUGUAUGCGCUUCAGCACUGGGGCGGCCACAAGUCACAUUAAGCCAGACGCAUCCAGGUUUCCUCGGGGCACAUGCACAAUGAGCAUUCCAGCGCUGCUGCUGCUGCGUCCUCCCCAGCCUCUGCUGAGAGGCCUUUUCACAGGGUCUUUCCAUCGCCACCGCUGCGUCUCGCACUCAAGUACUCCUCGCGGACGGGGACUCUCGUGUGCCCGGCCAUUGAAGUCUCUUGGACUCCAGUAUACAAAGCAGAUGCUGCUGUCUAAUAGUUUAAGGAGAGAAUUCUGUACACAAACGACCUUGAAAGACUACACGGAGGAGCUUUCUGAUAAAGAACAAAGACUUGUGGAUAGACUUUAUACUGGUCUAAUACAAGGGCAAAGGGCUUGCUUAGCCGAGUCCAUAACUCUCAUAGAAUCGACUCACCACAGGAAAAAGGACUUAGCCCAGGUGCUUUUGCAGAAGGUUUUAGUCUACCAUCGAGAACAGGAACAGUUAAAUCAAGGAAAGCCACUAGCGUUUCGAGUAGGAUUGUCUGGACCCCCUGGUGCUGGAAAAUCAACAUUUAUUGAGUAUUUUGGAAAAAUGCUCACUGAGAGAGGGCACAAGUUGUCUGUGCUAGCUGUGGACCCUUCCUCUUUCACUAGUGGUGGAUCCCUGUUAGGUGAUAAAACACGGAUGGUUGAGCUAUCAAAAGACUUGAACGCGUACAUCAGACCAUCUCCUACCAGAGGGACCUUAGGGGGCGUGACAAGGACCACAAAUGAAGCUAUCCUGUUGUGUGAAGGGGGCGGGUAUGACAUCAUUCUCAUCGAAACUGUAGGUGUGGGUCAGUCAGAGUUUGCUGUUGCUGACAUGGUUGACAUGUUUGUUUUACUACUGCCACCAGCAGGAGGGGAUGAAUUGCAGGGAAUCAAAAGGGGUAUAGUUGAGAUGGCAGAUCUGGUAGCUGUAACUAAAUCUGAUGGAGACUUUGUUGUGCCAGCACGAAGAAUUCAAGCAGAGUAUGUGAGUGCACUAAAAUUACUCCGCAAGCGCUCGGAAGUCUGGAGCCCGCAGGUAGUUCGCAUUUCUGCCAAAACUGGAGAGGGCAUUGCUGAAAUGUGGGAUAAAAUGAGAGACUUCCACAACGUGAUGCUUGCCAGCGGGGAGCUCACUGCCAAACGAAGGAGGCAACAGAAAGUUUGGAUGUGGAAUCUCAUUCAGGACAACGUGCUAGAACACUUCAGGGCCCACCCCACUGUCCGCGAACAGAUUCCGCUUCUGGAAAGUAAAGUUCUCAGUGGGGCCUUGCCCCCAGGACUAGCAGCAGACUUGUUGUUGAAAACGUUUCAAAAAAGAAACUAAUAAAAAUCUAUACUGUUCAAUCA